GCUGCUCUCUCGAUAGAGGAUAAUAUACCGUCUUGACCAUGUUGGUGGCAAGGCUAACAUGCCUGAGGAGCCUCCCCCUCGCGGGGCUACGUCCUGUGCUGACACCGGCCCUGAGAACACCUACCCUGAAGGCCUGUCCACCUUUGCUCAGGCCCCAGCAGGGCUUUUCCUCCAAGGCCAGAUUUGGUUUCCGCCGUGUAAGGACAAGUAGAGACCAGCUCAAAGAAGCAGCUUUUGAGCCAGCAACAGAUACCGCCAUUAGAAUUGACAGCAUGGGAAGAAUGUUUCUGGCUGGAGGUGCAGCAGUGGGCCUUGGAGCUCUGUGUUACUACGGACUCGGCAUGUCCAGUGAAAUCGGUGCCAUUGAAAAAGCAGUGAUCUGGCCUCAGUAUGUGAAGGACAGGAUCCACUCCACCUACAUGUACUUUGCAGGCAGUGUUGGACUGACGGCUCUGUCAGCUGUAGCAGUGAGCAGGACCCCAGCACUCAUGGGACUGAUGAUGAGAGGAUCCUGGCUGGCUAUUGGAGCAACUUUUGCAGCCAUGAUUGGUGCUGGUAUGCUGGUCAGGUCCAUUUCAUAUGAACAGAGCCCAAUGCCCAAACACCUCGCUUGGAUGCUCCAUGCAGGUGUGAUGGGUGCUGUCAUCGCACCCCUUACUCUCCUGGGAGGGCCUCUGAUGAUGAGGGCCGCCUGGUACACAGCAGGCAUUGUGGGAGGGCUAUCUACUGUGGCCAUGUGUGCCCCAAGCGAGAAGUUCCUCAAUAUGGGUGGUCCAUUGGCUGUUGGUUUUGGAGUCGUCUUCGCCUCCUCUAUUGGAUCAAUGUUCCUGCCGCCCACGUCAGCGUUUGGAGCGGGCCUGUACUCUGUGGCCAUCUAUGGAGGCCUGGUCCUGUUCAGCAUGUUCCUCCUCUAUGAUACACAAAAGGUCAUCAAGAGGGCAGAGACAUACCCACUCUAUGGUGUACAGAAAUAUGACCCCAUUAAUUCGUGUAUGGGGAUUUACAUGGACACACUGAACAUCUUCAUGAGGCUGGUGAUGAUUCUGUCUGGUGGUGGUGGUGGCAGAAGGAAGUAAAGGGAAAGAUUGUGACUUUCAGCUUCAGUUUCACCUUCACAGAAUUGAACAAUGUCAUGUUUCAUUUCUAGCAGCAUACACAAGGUGUUAUCUUUUAGUGACAACUAUUAUCUAACUGGUAAUUUACAUGAAGAACAUGAAUGCUUUGCAAAUCUGAGGAUUGCACUAUCUGCUACACAUUGCCAGUCCAAGGAAUGAAGACAAAUUGUUCUGUCUUGAUAACACACUUAAACAGAGGUCUGAUUGUGGAAAUAUCUGGUUCAACCUGGACUUUCAGAUGGGUUCAAUAGACCUGUCAGCAUCACCUGUCUCAGAGAUCAUCUGUAUUGUUUGUUAUAAUUUCUAUUUAUUUCCACUUGGUAUGUGUUUGGUUUAUAAUGAGGGUGAAAGUUCAUGAAGAAUUAACCAUAGACUGCUCCAGAUUUCCAGUACCUUAAAAAAGCUGUGUUAUGCUGCACUUCUGUGAUUGAUUAGUUCAUAUAUUUCUGAGGAAAAAAAUGCAAUAAUUUCAAUGAUUACAUCAUUCAAUAAACAAGUUUUCAGUUUGAAA